UUGGCUACAAAUUUAAAACCAAACAACGCGCGACGAUUACUUCCCUGCUUUGAUGAGCCUGAAAUAAAGGUUCCGUUUAAGGUAUCAAUCGCCAGACCAGAGGAAUAUGUUGCUGUUUUUAAUACAAUGUUGAAUGAAACCCUUCAACAGUUAUCGAUUGGAUGCAUUUAACACAACUUUACCUAUACCUGCAUACUCAUUGUGUUUUAUAAUAUCUAAACUGCAAACGCCAAAUGAAAUUAUCCUGCCCGAUGAUCCAACUAUUCAAAGCAUACGAAUUUGGAAUAAUAACAUAACAAAUGCCUUUUUAAAGAAUGUACAAUCACGAUUAACAAUCAUUCUAAAAUCAAUUAAUGAUGUUUUUGACGUUCCUCUACCGUCAUCUAAAAUUGAUGUAUUCAUCAUACCCGAAUUACCAACGAUUCCAUAUAUAAGCAGUUGGGGCAUAUUAAUUGGAAGGGAGUCGGAAUUUGCCAAUAACGGGUUCUUCCAAAUUUCCAAAGAAAUUAUACAUCAUUGGAUUGGUAUAUGGUUAACUCCAAGUUGGUGGAGUAUUGAACCUCUAAACAAAGCUCUCAUAAGUUUUUUAGCAACAGAGAUAGUUAUAAAUAUAGAUGGUGGCAUUGAAUUCAAUGGAAAAUAUCCGAUGACCAUUCUUUACUCAUUAUAUUAUGAAUUAAGUAAAAGAUACCCAUAUUCACGUAUCACAGGAAUGAAACAAGAAUCCAAUUCUUUUAAAAUAGAACUUAUUAUACGAAUGAUUAAAUAUACUAUAGGUAAAUCGAGCUUCAAACAAGGAAUUAGAAAUUUUAUUUGUGAUUACAAAUACAAAACCUAUAAUGAGCGUGACUUUUGGAACGCACUAUCUAAGCAAUCAAAAAUUGAUGACACAAUGAAAGGUAAUCUUAGUAUAAUAGAUAUUGCUGAUUCUUGGGUACAAAAAGGCCGACUUCCACUUAUCACUAUUACAAGAGAUUACAAAGCAGGAACAGCGAUUAUAAAUCAAAAAGUAUACCUUAGGGAGAGACCUCAUGAUGUACCGAAACAAGAUGAAAUGGCAUGGUUGAUCCCUAUUCCAUAUAUGCGACAAGAUUCUAUGCAAAAUACAAGUAACUACUCAUACUUUUGGUUGAAAGGAGAAAAACAAAUUUCCAUCUCUAACAUGCCUGAUAAAAACAAUUUUAUUAUUGCAAAUCCAGAGGAGAUUGGACCUUUUCCAGUUAACUAUGACGAUAAAAAUUGGAAUAUGAUAUUAAAUUUUUUAAAAACAACAAACGGAAGUGAAACUAUACCCGCAUACACCAGAGCAAAACUGCUACACGACGCUUGGAAUCUCGCCUAUGCUGGAGAACUUCAUUUUUCUGCUGCGCUCAAUAUGACAUUAUUUUUAAAAAAUGAACGGGAUCACAUUGUAUGGAGUCCAGUGUUUACAUUUUUAGACCAAAUAGGUCGGCGCAUUGAUAUUCCGUCAGUAGUAGAAAAGUUUGAGUUGUAUACAAUAGAUCUUUUGGCCCCAUUGUAUGAAGACCUCAUCAAAGAAAAUAAAAACGAUGAUUUUACGAAUGAAAAUUUUCGUAAAUUGACAAAGAGCUUUUUGUGUCGAGCAGGGUAUUUACAAUGCAUCCAAGAAGCUCAUAGAGCUUUUGCAAUGUGGAUUAAUAUAUCAAAUCUUAGCAUUCCAAAUUCCCUACCGAAAGAUUACAUAUGCCCCGUGUUCAAAUGGGGUUCUAUGAACGAAUGGAUUUUGGGAUUAGAACGAAUAAUGCUUUUUACAAAAUCACAUAUUCAAAGUGAUCGAACCUUCUUAUUGAAAAUGCUUGCUGGUUGUCCAUCUCAAACAGAAAAAAUUCAUUACCUACUUGAAGUUACUAUGAUAAGAAACAUUUCUUAUAUAAAAGAAAGUGACCUUUUUCUAAUUUUCAAUAUGCUAGGUACAGAAACUAUUGGAUAUUCGACCCUUUUAAAUUUUAUAGUGGAAAAUUGGGACAUCGUGUACCAAAAGUUUUAUCACAAUUCAAACCUUUGGGAUAGAUUAAUUGGUUCUGCAACUGGAAGAAUUUCAACCCAAAAUGGAUAUGAUAAAGUCAAGAGCUUAUACGAAAACCAUAAAGGACAACUUGGUAGUGCAAAACAUAUAAUCGAGCGAUCCCUUCGAAUAAUUAGAGAAGAAAUUAAUUGGAGUCAAAAAAAUAUGCCGGUAAUAGAAAAUUGGCUGGAUAUAUUUUUAAGCAACAGAAAAUAGAAAAAAAUUAAAAUUUCUGUUGUUAGUGCAAAACAAGCCAUUUGGUGAGAACAAAAUAUUUCAGGAAUAAUAUAAAAUAAAGUUUAUCUGAAAAUAAA